AUCGGUUCAUGAUCUCAAUCAAAAGAACUAAAUGAUCUUCACAACCCUAUACUGAUCCUUGCUUUUGUCAUCUUUUCUGUAGGAUGAAUGCAUUGAAUUUUAGAGUGAAUCUCAUGGAAAAUAUUGCGGGAAAUUCGAAAAUUGUUGUGGCGGGACUAUAAUGUAUGGACAAGCCAAUCAGAUUUGGGAUAACAGGUCUUGGAUUUUGGCGUUUUGGCAUUUUAGCUGAUGUCAGUUCGUGAUGAAAACUCUAAAUCUAAUUUCUAAUACUAACCACCAACUGUAAAUGAUGGUCCUUAUUCUUUACACUGCUUUAUAACCGUCAUUCAGCCCUAGUAAAUAGGUGGAGAUUCUUAAGGUCCAGGUGUUUACUUCGGUUACAUAAGAACAGAACAACUAAGUAUGCCUCCAUUUACAAAACUUUCAACAAAUGAUCAACCAAUUGAUGUAAAAUCAUUUCCAAAUGAAGUUGUUUCCCUUCUACCUACUGCCACUGAUAAUACAGAUGAUCCGAAUCGACCGAAAGAUAUAUUCUCUGGUCGUGGUGUUAAUUUAACGCGAAAUACAAAACUUAUCCCGUAUCCAAUUAUUCAUAUGCUUGAACGACCUGGUGUACCAUUAGGCAUUUGUUUGACAGAAUUUCAUCUUAUCAUUAUCUAUGUGGAUCGCAUUAAAGCUGUGAAUACUUUAGAUGGUCGAGCAGUUUAUUCAAUGCCGUUAAAUAAUAUCAUUGGCUGUGAACGGGCUUUGGGUAUAUCGCGUGACUCAUUAUCUAGUCAUAUUUGGAUAUUCAGCAAUAAUCAUUUGGCUCGAUUAAAUAUGAAGAAUGAAUUAUGUAGAAUAUGGCAAAUCUAUUUGGAUCGUCUACAGUUUGAUGAAGCGCGCCAAUUUUGUCAGGAAGAUCUGAUGCAGACGCAAAGUCGAGGAUUGGCAAAGCAACAACCACAUUUCUACGAUUGA